GCAGUUCCACCGGACGAAACCUUUGCCUUUCGAGACUGCUAGCUUACGCUGUAGCAUUUUUCUCCGCUCGUGUAAGCGUAAUUCCGUGCUAAAGUCAAUGUUAUUACCACCUACCCAAAUUAAUUCAUUUGGGCCCACGAAAAGGCACGGCGGUUCUGUAUCGGUACAUAGAGCUUGACCCGCUCUUACAUCUGUUGAAGAGAGACGUGUUUUAGAGGCAGCGUGUUCAGUUCCGCCGCGUUAGGACAUCUUUUUAUGCCUAAUCUACUCGGCGCCUAGGUGGGUGGUGUGACGGUACAAUGAUCGAGCGACCAGAAUCUGCUGUUUCCAGCAUUGCACAGAGGAAUCUGGAGGGUUAUGUCGGCUUCGCCAACCUCCCCAAUCAGGUUUACCGGAAGUCUGUCAAGAGGGGCUUUGAGUUCACUCUCAUGGUUGUUGGUGAGUCUGGCCUGGGAAAGUCCACCCUCAUCAACUCCCUGUUCCUGACCGACCUGUACUCCAAGGACUACCCUGGACCCUCCCAGCGCAUCAAGAAGACUGUGCAGGUGGAACAGUCCAAGGUGUUGGUAAAGGAGGGGGGGGUGCAGCUCACUCUUACCAUCGUCGAUACUCCAGGUUUUGGUGACGCCGUGGACAACAGCAACUGCUGGCAACCUGUCAUCAACUACAUUGACAGUAAGUGUGAGGACUUCCUGAAUGCUGAGUCCAGGGUGAACCGCAGGUUGAUGCCUGACAACAGGGUGCACUGCUGCCUGUACUUCAUCGCCCCCUCUGGACAUGGGUUGAAGCCUCUGGAUAUAGAGUUCAUGAAGAGGCUCCAUGACAAGGUCAACGUCAUCCCUCUCAUUGCCAAGGCAGACACACUCACCCCUGAGGAGUGCCAGCUAUUUAAGAAACAGAUCAUGAAGGAGAUCCAGGAACACAAGAUCAAAAUCUAUGAGUUUCCUGACACGGAGGAUGACGAGGACAGCAAGCUCAUCCGCAAGAUCAAGGAGCGGAUGCCCCUGGCAGUUGUAGGCAGCAACGUGGUGAUCGAGGUCAACGGCAGGAAGGUCAGAGGUCGGCAGUACCCCUGGGGCGUGGCUGAAGUGGAGAACGGAGAGCAUUGUGACUUCACCGUGCUACGGAACAUGCUGAUCAGGACCCACAUGCAGGACCUGAAGGACGUGACCAACAAUGUCCACUAUGAAAACUAUCGCAGCAGGAAGCUGGCAGCCGUCACCUGCAACGGAGUGGACACCACCAAGACCAAGGGCCAGCUCACCAAGAGCCCCUUGGCCCAGAUGGAGGAGGAGCGGAGGGAGCACGUGAUGAAGAUGAAGAAGAUGGAGACGGAGAUGGAGCAGGUGUUUGAGAUGAAAGUUAAGGAGAAGAAGCAAAAACUGAAGGACUCCGAGGCUGAGCUGGAGCGUCGUCAUGAGCAGAUGAAGAAGAACCUGGAGGCCCAGUACAAGGAGCUGGAGGAGAAGAGACGGCAGCAUGGGGAGGAGAGGUCCAACUGGGAAGCCCAGCAGAAGAUCCUGGAACAGCAGAAGUUGGAUGCCUCCAAGACCAUGGAAAAGAACAAGAAGAAAGGAAAAAUAUUUUAAAUGUUCAAACUGUUCUUACAAUUUAACACAAGAAACUUAUUUUACAUCCCUUUUGAUGCUCACGUGAUUUGUGACCCUCAAACCACACACACACACACACACCAAGACAUUCCAUAGCAACAUUCCAGAUGGAUGCUCCUGUCAUACUCUUACACACCACAUACCCACAAACAUACAUACACACACAUCCCUCAAAGCAGGGCUUAUCUGCCAAAACUGUUAGAUUUUGUGUGGAAUGCAUGUGUUGGUCAUGAAUAAUCUUUAGUAUUCUGGACAACGAGGAACCUGUGUCCCUCUGAGCUGUGGAUUAGUUCACAUGGCAGGUACCAUGCUUAGCCAUCCUCUACACUUAGUAUGUACUACUGUAACUGUCUCCUCGCUAGUACACUUAAUAUGUACUACUUGCCGUCUGUCCUUGCUAGUACACUUAGUAGCUACCUACUCUGCCUGAGGGCGAUUCAGCUUCUCAUCUGUUUGUUCCUGGAAAGAUACCUCUCACCUUUUGAUUAUUCAUUCUAACACUCCAUGGUGACAGGCAUGUGCAACAUAUAAUCACAGACAUGCACGCAGGAACAUUCCCCAGUACACCUGGAUAGUGUGUUGUAAACAGGAGUGUGGACAGUACAUGUGUUUGGAAGUGGAAUUCACAGUACGUUCUGCAGGUUAAGAAGAGUAUGUGUCAGGUUGGAAUGUGUUAGAGACAGGAAGAGAAGGAUGGAAAAAUGGCCGUGAGAGGACAGUUGAAAGCCAGGUAUUCAACAAGAGAUGACCGGUUUGUGUGUGUUUAAUGUGCGUGUCUGUGCAUGUGUGUGUAACAUUAAACCGUGUGUUUGAGGUCAUAGACUUUGCCUGAUGAUGCAAUUCGCACCAAGUUUCCAUUAUUUGUGCUCUAUAGAAAACACACAAAACAAAGCUAACAUCAACAUUGUCAUUCUGGAAACACAUACUGAAGCUGAUCUUCCUGUUCCUCUUUGAAUAUAUGGUUUAUUUAGCAAA